AUGAUCGAAAUGAAAACUAUUCAGUGUUGCUUGAUUAUUGCGCUUGUACCAUUUUGUGCAUCAGUUUUGGAUCUCUUGAAAAUGACUAAAAAAGACAGAAAACCUACUAGCAAUCUUUCAAAACGCUUUGCUCUACCAGAUUGUCGUACUUGUCAACUAAUUGAACCGCCAAACUGUUCAAUUUUUAUUGGCCGUAAAUGUUCAAUGCCUAAAAUUUUAUAUAAUUUCGCAGAGAAAUGCUUGAAAAUGGAAGUAAUGUGUGGUACUAAGCAAUUGGCGAUUCUCGGAAGUAUUGACGGGUAUAAUAACUGUUUUGAAUUCGACUUAUAUUUUCUGGCUAGACCACGUGGCAAGUGGUGGAUAACAAUGACUAGAGACAAGCAUUUAACGGAAGGCAUUCGAAUGGUGUUGCUUUCAAACUGUACUGAAGGAAAACUUUGGCAGGCAGAAACUGAAUUACAUAAUUAUGUUUUUAGCGGUGAUUAUGCCAAAGCAGGUGAAGAUGACACGAAACAUCCAACAUACGGUAUCCACAUACUUCGUAAGUUAAAUGAAACAGCUGCAUUUCCUGUUAAAAAAUCUCACGUUCCUGUACGUAAAUAUUUAUAUUGUAUGACUGACAAUCGCUGGUAUUACCGAUCAGUAAAUCCUGCCGUGAUUAUUCGUAGUGAUCAAAUAUACUGCAUAUAG